ACCUGCUCAGCGGGUACGACAACAGCGUUCGGCCAGACUUCGGCGGUCCUCCGGCUAUCGUGGAAGUAGACAUCAUGGUGCGCAGUAUGGGACCGAUAUCCGAAGUAGACAUGACGUAUUCGAUGGACUGCUACUUCCGGCAGUCGUGGGUGGACCGGCGGCUGGCGUUCACCGGGGGAUCCAAGGAGACGCUGGCGCUGAGCAUCUCGAUGCUGGCGCGCAUCUGGAAGCCGGACACGUACUUCUACAACGGCAAGCAGUCCUACCUGCACACCAUCACCACGCCCAACAAGUUCGUGCGGCUCUACCGGGACGGGCGCGUCCUCUACUCCUCCAGGUUGACCAUCAAGGCCGGCUGCCCCAUGAACCUGGAGGACUUCCCCAUGGACACGCAGCGCUGCCCGCUCAAGUUCGGAAGCUUCGGCUACACGACGACGGACGUGGUGUACCGCUGGAACCGGCAGCGCACGGUGGCCAUCGCGGAGGACAUGAAGCUCUCGCAGUUCGACCUGAUCGCCACGCCGUCCGCCAACCAGACGGACGUCCUCAAGUCCGGCGAGUACUCGAUGCUGCUGGUGAGCUUCCACCUGCAGCGGCACAUGGGCAACUUCCUGAUCCAGGUGUACGGCCCCUGCGUGCUGCUGGUCGUCCUCUCGUGGGUGUCCUUCUGGCUCAACCGCGAAGCCACCGCCGACCGCGUCUCUCUCGGAAUAACGACGGUACUGACGAUGACCUUUCUGGGCCUCGAAGCGAGGACCGACCUCCCAAAGGUGCCCUACCCCACCGCCCUCGACUUCUUCGUGUUCCUCUCGUUCGCUUUUAUUUUUGCAACCAUCAUACAGUUCGCCGUGGUGCACUACUUCACCAAGUACGGCUCCGGGGAGUGCUACUUCAGCUCCGACCUCAGCUCCGUCUCCAGCUCCGACGAGGAGGACGAGGACACGUGGUCGGCGCGGCGCAGGCGCACCAUCGAGCUGCCGGGUGAGCCCGGCUCGGUGGCGCCGGGGGGCCGCAAGGCGAGCUCCGGCAGCGUGGGCGGCGUGGGCGGCCGGGGCGGCUCGUUCCUGAGGAGGCUGCAGGCGGCCGCCACGCCGCAGCCCUCCUCCUCGUCGUCCGCCGACUCGGCCAGGUUCGUCGAGGUCAUCCCGCUGUCCGAGCUGCGCGUGCUGCCCGCCUCGGCGAGGCGCCGGCCCAGCGCGUGGUCCGUGUCGUGCCUGAGUCGACCCCCGGAGGCGUCCCCGCAGCCCGCGCUGUCGCUGCAGCUGCAGCAGCCGCACGCGUGCCGCUCGGCGCCCAGGAAGAAGCGGCGCACGCCGCGCUUCAACUCCGUCUCCAAGAUCGACCGCGCGUCGCGCAUCGUCUUCCCGCUGUGCUUCCUGGCCAUCAACAUGUUCUACUGGUACUCCUACCUGUGGCGCAGCCGCCGCCUCCACCACGUGCGCGCCAGCGGCGACGCGGCCGCGUCGUAG